AUGAUGAUAGCGGAUAUUGAAAACAGCGAGCUGAAGUUUCUCGAAUUGACCCCCCUCGGGGGGCUUAAGUCUUCCCCAGGCGCCCUGUUUGUUCCUGCCGCUUCCCCGAUCCUUUUGGAAUCUGAGCUGAUAAAACAGCAAUUUGUGUAUCUCUUUGGAAUAAACAACAACAAAGUGGCAAACAGAGAAAACAGUGAAAACAGAGAAAACAAUGAAAACAGAGAAAACAAUGAAAACAGAGAAAACAGUGAAAACAGAGAAAACAGUGAAAACAAUGAAAACAGUGAAAACAGAGAAAACAGUGAAAACAGAGAAAACAGUGAAAACAGAGAAAACAGUGAAGACAGAGAAAAUAGAGAAAACAGUGAAAACAGUGAAAACAGAGAAAACAGAGAAAACAGUGAAGACAGAGAAAACAGUGAAAAUAGAGAAAACAGUGAAAACAGAGAAUACAAUGAAAACAGAGAAAACAGUGAAAACAGAGAAAACAGAGAAAACAGAGAAAACAGUGAAAACAAUGAAAACAGUAAAAACAGAGAAAACAGUGAAAACAGAGAAAACAGUGAAAACAGAGAAAACAGUGAAAACAGAGAAAACAGUGAAGACAGAGAAAAUAGAGAAAACAGUGAAAACAGUGAAAACAGUGAAAAUAGAGAAAACAGAGAAAACAGUGAAGACAGAGAAAACAGUGAAAAUAGAGAAAACAGAGAAAACAGUGAAAACAGAGAAUACAAUGAAAACAGAGAAAACAGUGAAAACAAUGAAAACAGUGAAAACAGAGAAAACAGUGAAGACAGAGAAAACAGUGAAAAUAGAGAAAACAGUGAAAAUAGAGAAAACAGUGAAGACAGAGAAAACAGUGAAAACAGAGAAAACAGUGAAAACAGUGAAAACAGUGAAAAUAGAGAAAACAGAGAAAACAGUGAAGACAGAGAAAACAGUGAAAAUAGAGAAAACAGAGAAAACAGUGAAGACAGAGAAAACAGUGAAGACAGAGAAAAUAGAGAAAACAGUGAAAACAGUGAAAACAGUGAAAAUAGAGAAAACAGAGAAAACAGUGAAGACAGAGAAAACAGUGAAGACAGAGAAAAUAGAGAAAACAGUGAAAACAGUGAAAACAGUGAAAAUAGAGAAAACAGAGAAAACAGUGAAGACAGAGAAAACAGUGAAGACAGAGAAAACAGUGAAAACAGAGAAAACAGAGAAAACUCUAAUUUGACCGAACAAAAAUGUUUUAGAAAAUCAAUAUGCAACUUAAAAACACAGAGUUUAAACCCAGCAGUGUUGGCAGUGGCAGUUACAUUGAAAACAUCUACAGCACUUGGUGAAGCCAUCAAUGAUAACAUACUAGCCAACAAUGAUAACCUACUAGCCAUCAAUGAUAACAUACUAGCCAUCAAUGAUAACAUACUAGCCAACAAUGAUAACAUACUAGCCAUCAAUGAUAACAUACUAGCCAUCAAUGAUAACAUACUAGCCAACAAUGAUAACAUACUAGCCAACAAUGAUAACAUACUAGCCAACAAUGAUAACAUACUAGCCAACAAUGAUAUCAUACUAGCCAACAAUGAUAACAUACUAGCCAUCAAUGAUAACAUACUAGCCAACAAUGAUAACAUACUAGCCAACAAUGAUAACAUACUAGCCAACAAUGAUAACAUACUAGCCAACAAUGAUAACAUACUAGCCAACAAUGAUAACAUACUAGCCAUCAAUGAUAACAUACUAGCCAUCAAUGAUAACAUACUAGCCAUCAAUGAUAACAUACUAAUGAUAACAUAUUAUAUAAUACGGACAGGUACAGUGAUGGUAUUUUAA